CCUCAUUACAUCAGACGCUUCGUCUUCACCCCAACGUUCUCCUCCAUUGCUACGAUGUGCCACAGCUGCACGUGCAAGAUCGGCCCUUCACUGCUGGCGUCGGACCUAUCGUGCCUCAAGGACGAGUCUCUGAAAGUCGUGGCUGCUGGAGCAGACUACCUCCACCUGGAUGUGAUGGACGGCCACUUCGUGCCGAAUAUCUCGUGGGGCCCACCCGUGAUCAAGUCCCUACGCCCACACACGAAGGCUUUCUUUGACUGCCACAUGAUGGUGUUCAAGCCUGAGCAGUGGGUGCCGGACAUCGCGGCGGCGGGAGGCGACCAGUUCACUUUCCACCUGGAGGCGACGCAGGACCCGCUGGCCCUCAUCAAGCAGAUCCGCGACGCCGGCAUGAAGGUGGGUCUGGCCAUCAAGCCAGGCACUAGCGCCGAGGCUGCAUUUCCGUACGUGGAUCUUGUGGAUAUGGUGCUUGUCAUGACUGUGGAGCCGGGCUUCGGUGGCCAGAGCUUCAUGACGGACAUGAUGACGAAAGUGAAGAUUAUCCGUGCCAAGUACCCGGCCCUGGACAUCGAGGUGGAUGGUGGUCUGGGACCCUCCACUAUUGAUGCGGCGGCGAAGGCUGGUGCUAAUAUGAUUGUCGCUGGAAGCUCAGUGUUUAAGGCGGAAGACCUCACGGCAGUCAUUUUGCAGAUGCGACACAGUGUAGAGAAGUACGGCAACGGCAAGAGCGACGACCAGCUGACCAAGCUGUAG